GGCCCUCUGUGUAUGGAUUCACACGUAAUGCAGUCACUCUUCGUUUUAUGUAAUCGGUAAAUAGAAUAAGCAAUCCUGUGCUAGCUUUGGUUCGCCGGGGACGAGCAUUGCGUUUAGAACGAAGAAGAAGAGGCGAGAUAUGGGUACAACAAUAUCUCACUCCAGGGAAAAUAUGUUUGGGCUUCAACAAGAUCGGUUUGGUGAUCAGGAAGUGGGCAGUGGGCCCUCCUCCGUGUGUCUCAUAAGCAACAACCAGCAGCGGGGCAACAGGAAGUGCGAGAAGGACGGCAACUUCAAUUUCCUGGGCCAAGAGGAUGACAUUCUGACGGGAGACGAGAACCGCAAUCAACUUCGCUCGCGGGUCCAGAAUGCGCAGGGACGGGAUGGUCACUACGGAUCCGGCGCGCUGUCUCCGCUCUCUCGCCUGCCCUGCUGGAGUCCUCUCGAGCCUCUGCCGGAGAUCGAGAUCGGGGAAGAGGGCUGCGGCAGAGUGCCCCCCGACGGCGCAGAGGGCAAGAUGGAGGAGGAGAUGGGGAGAGGAAGGGACGAGCAAGAGGAGAAAAAAGUGAUGUUUCAAGCAGAGGAAGAGGAGGAUUAUGAGGAAGAAGGAGAGGUGAGGGAGGACGGGGACGAGUGGGGAGACAGCGACUCUGAGUUUGAGUUCAGUUUCAGGUCCGGUUGCAGCUCUUCCUCUCUGAGCACUGAGAGUUUCGAGGGGGCGGGGGCAGGCAGGUUCAGCAGCGUCUGGGACCGUAUCUGUGUGGGGGGGCCGAGAGCAGAGGAGCAGGAGGCAGGGGGCAUGGUGAACGGUGGGCCCGGGGACGGGGAGGGAGAGGAGGAGAGGGUGGCAGAGAGGGGCUAUAAGAGUCUGGGAGGGGCUGGCCCACUGGCAGAAGCCUCCUCAGAUUCUGACGCAGACCUCUGCUCCGAUCUGCCCGAGCUGCAGGAGGCCGUCUGGAGCCUGCGGGACCGCGAGAAGUUCAAGGCCAAAGAGAUGGAGAAACACCAGGUCCAGCUGACCAUGUACCGGCGCCUGGCUCUGAUCCGCUGGGUCCGCACGCUGCAGGGCCGGGUGCAGGAGCAGCAGAACCGCCUGCAGUCCAGCUUUGACAUCAUCCUCACGCACAGGAAGGAGCUGCUGCGACUGGGCUCUGCCGCAGCCAGCCAAUCGUAGGGAGGCGAGGAAGAAUAGAAAGAUGCACGGGCCUCAGUCAGCCAAUCAGAAAGAGGGAAUGCAAAGGCAGAGGCAUAUGCUUUAGAUAGGUGUCGCCUGGAAGAGCGAUGGUUCCUUUGGGUACAGGGCAAAUUGAAAUCAUUCCUGCCUCUCACUGUGUUUAAGGAGUUUCUCCUCAGAUGUAUUCCAUAUAUUUCUGUUACUCCUUAUGUCAUAUUGUUGGAGUUGCUUGUCCAAUGUUCUCAGAGUUCUACUCUUUCACUCCUAAAUCUUCCCCUCUUUCAGAAACGAGCUUAAACCUCAGAAUCCUUUAGAAUCAGGGAUGUGGGUUGAACCAUGUCAGUUGAACUUUUCCACUAGACCUCCCUUUGCAUUAUCUCAGUGUGUACAUAAAAUAUAGCAUUAUAUUACAUGUAAAGCAAAUAAUUUUAAAUAAUUGUUUAUGGAUAUGGAAAUGUGUCUCCCUCCUUCUUUGUGAUAUAAUAAAACAUAGUCUAACAUCUUAAA